CAUCUGUGCACCAGAAAGCACCCAACCACAGUUGAGUUCUUCUAUAUAUACUCAACACAUUAACAUUAACUACCCAGCAAACAAACUCCAAAGUCCAAACCAAUUAAAGAGCAGAAAUAACCAGGGGCGACCUGAGACCGGUGAACACUACAUAAACAAACUAUGGCUAGAAUCAGUAUGGCAGAAGCUGUUAUAGCUCUACUUUUAUCGGCAGCGAUGCUGCAGGUCACAUAUGCCGAUAAUUACACGGUUGGUGACACAACUGGCUGGACGAGCACUGGUUUUGAUUAUACCACCUGGGCUGCUAAUAAAGUCUUCGAAAUUGGUGACACUCUAGUCUUCAACUUCCGUACAGGAGCGCAUGACGUGGCCAUAGUCACAAAGGCUGCUUAUGACAGCUGCAACACCGCAAAUCCCUCCCAACUUUUAACAACUGGACCAGUGACUUUGACCCUCAAUACCACUGGUGAACACUACUACAUAUGUACCAUUUCUGGACACUGCUCCGCCGGCCAAAAGCUUGCCAUUAACGUUGUUGCUGACUCUGAUAAUAACACAUCCCCUGGUCCUUCUGGCACCACAACUCCUUCUGGCACCACAACUCCUCCCAGCGCCGCCUCAUCAUCACGUGGCCUUACUUUUGCUUUCUUAAUGUCUAUUGUCAUCGGCUUAUUCUGCUAGUUCCUCAACUUGAUAGUAUUGCUUGACUCUAUAUAGAAUUUGGGUUUUUAGUUUUAUA